AUGUCUGUUGGAAAUCAAACAUCGGUGACUGAGUUUUUUAUUGUGGGUUUCCCUGGACUUCAGCAAAAUUACUAUAGUCUGAUUGCAUCUAUUUUUUUCUUGGUCUACAUGUGCACUUUAGUGGGAAAUGCAGCAUUUCUUCUCCUAUUUGUAACAGACCGGAGCCUCCAGAAACCCAUGUAUUUUAUCAUUUUAAACCUGGUUCUAUCUGAUGUGCUGUUCAGCACCACCACUUUACCAAAGAUCAUUGCCAGGUACUGGUUUAAGGCAGGAACCAUUUCAUUCACUGCUUGCUUUCUACAAAUGUUCUUUGUACAUUUUUUUGGAACGUUAAACUCAUAUGUAUUAUUAAUAAUGGCAUUAGAUAGAUAUGUGGCAAUUUGUUACCCUUUGAGAUACCGUACAAUAAUGACAAAUACCACUAUUUUAAUUACUAGCAUCACUUCAUGGGUGCUUUCAGUUGUAAGCCCAGUGAUGAUUGUAAUUAGGGCAUACCCCUUACCUUAUUGCUCCUCCAACACAAUCAUUCAGUGUUACUGUGAUCACACUUCAAUCACAACACUGGCAUGUACUGACAGGACUCCUUAUGCUUUCCCAGCUUUUGUUUUUGCUAUGGUUGUGUUACUUGUACCACUUGCCUUUAUUGUAUUCUCUUACUGUGCCAUCAUUGUAGCGGUACUUCGAAUUGCCAAUAGUCAGGGUCGCCUUAAAACCCUUUCCACCUGUAGUCCCCAGCUAGUCGUAAUUGCCCUCUACUUCCUUCCACGGUGCUUUGUGUAUCUUGCAAGCAAUGUGGGAAUAACAUUCAGUACAGAUUUGCGCAUUGCCAUAAUCAUGUUAUACAGUCUGCUCCCCCCUAUGGUCAAUCCACUCAUUUACUGUUUAAGGACUAAAGAAGUGAAGGAGGUACUGAUCAAAAAUCUGCAGAGACAAAAAGGGAAUAUAGGAAACGUAAAGAUGCUUGCCACUUAA